AAAUCGCCGCUGCCGUUUAAACUUCCAGUUCAGUUCCGGAUAAUGUUAAUAUGAAGAACUGUUGGUUUUUCGACAACAAUUUUAACGGUGUGUCGGAGGAGAUUCUUGGUGAUGUUGUUGUUUUUUAUUUUCCACUUGAUGAUGACGUGGAAACUGAUGUUGUGGAACAAGAUUAGAAUGAUUAAUUCAAACAUAUUGAAGAGCCAUCUCUUGGUGUUUUCUCAGUACCAUCGUUUGAUUUGUGCGGCGAAACUCAAAAUGAGAAACCAAAUCUUGUGAACAAUUUCUCUGCUUCUGAACUUUCUGAUAUUAAUCGAAGAAAUAUUGUUAAUUCGAGCUUAAAAGACUACUGGAGCUAAAUAUGGCAAAAGCUGGAUGCAAAUCCAUAACAGUGCUAGGUGUGGACUUUAUGUCGGAAAAUGUGCGCGCCAUCCUUGAUCAAGCCGGUUUCAAUGAGGUCGAUGUUUAUAGAAUGUCAAAUGAGCGUAUUGGUUGUUCACUGGCUGAUGCUGCAGCUACCUCUACUUAUAUGGAGUAUCUUGAGCCAACUUCUAGGUCUACUUCUUUGCAUGUCAUAUACAUUAACACUAAGUUAGAGACAAAGGCAUAUGCUCAUGAGCUUGUGCCAACAAUAACCUGUACCUCAUCAAACGUUAUCCAGACUAUUCUACAGGCAUUUGCCCAAGUGCCAGAUUUGAGCAUAUAUUAUGGGCCUGAUUCUUACAUGGGUGCAAAUAUUGUAGAAUUGUUCUAACAGAUGGCAGUAAUGACCGAUGAAGAGAUUGCUGCGAUACAUCCUGAGCACAAUGCAGACUCUAUUAAAUCCUUACUACCACGACUUUACUUUUAUCAGGAUGGAUCAUGCAUUGUUCAUCACCUAUUUGGCCAUGAAGUUGUGGAUUCGAUAAAAGAAAUGUAUUGUGAUGCAUUCCUUACUGCCCAUCUUGAGGUACCUGGAGAGAUGUUUUCAUUGGCAAUGGAAGCAAAAAGAAGAGGAAUGGGAGUAGUAGGGUCCACCCAGAAUAUAUUGGAUUUCAUAAAAGACAGGGUUCAAGAAUCUUUGGAUAGAAACAUUGAUGACCAUCUUCAAUUUGUUUUAGGAACAGAAUCUGGGAUGGUGACUGCAAUUGUGGCAGUAGUUUGUAGUCUGUUAGAGCCUGCAAAAUCCUCUUCUCAUGGAGCAAAAGUUACUGUUGAAAUUAUGUUUCCAGUUUCAUCAGACUCAAUCUCGAAAACAACUUCUAGUCUAAAUUCAGUUGAAGUCAGUGAUAUCAUACCUCCUGUUGUACCAGGAGUAACUAGCGGGGAGGGUUGUUCCAUUCAUGGUGGUUGCGCAUCUUGUCCUUACAUGAAGAUGAAUUCUCUUAGCUCACUCCUGACAGUUUGCCAUCACCUACCCGAUGAAGAAAAUAUGUUAUCUGCAUACAAAGCAGAGUGAUUUAAGUUGCAGACUCCAAAUGGUCAAUCAGUGGCCGACGUAGGAUGAGAACCACAGAGUUGGCUCGGAACAACCAUUGUCGUCUUCUAAUUCUCAUUAUUAACCAGAAACGUGAACUGCAUAAUGCUACAAUCUUCAUUUUCUAUCAGGGGCAUUGUGUACCAGAUAUGAAAACAUGGGA